UAUCUCUCCUUCCACCUUCUCCCUCCCCUCUCCCCACCACUCGACCCAUCUCUUUUCCCCAACCCCAUAGCCGCUUCCUUAGAAUUCAGUCGCCUGAACUGUCCUAACGUCCUCCACGCUCUGCAAACCAUAUCAAACUCCACCCCCGUUCGUGCCUUGAUCACUUCCGACCCAUACGGCGCCUUCCACCCCAACAUCCCCACUUAUUAUUACUUCUCCUCUGGUGCCGCUUCUCUCGCUGCCAUCGUCCAUUUACCCACCCUUCACAACCAAUGGACCACGGGCUUCAAAGACCUUCCAUUCUCUCUUGUCAGUAUCCCCGGAUUGCCGCCUAUCCCUGCUUCUCACAUGCCAGAACCGAUACUAGACCGUGAAGACCCGGCCUAUCAUGGCUUCUUAUGCUUCGCUGCUAAUCUCGCUAGAUCUCAGGGAAUUAUCGUCAACACGUUCGACUCACUUGAGCCGAGAGCGAUCAAGGCCAUUACAGAUGGAUUCUGCAUACCCGAUUCCAAGACUCCACUUCUUUACAACAUUGGACCAUUCAUAGACAAAUCCUUCGACCGAACAGGUGGUGAGGCAGAGUGCUUUUCUUGGCUCGACGCCCAACCAAAUCAAAGCGUGGUAUUCUUAAGUUUCGGAAGCCAGGAUACCUUCUCGGCUUUACAAGUGAGGGAGAUCGCUACUGGGUUAGAUAAUAGCGGCCAGAGGUUCUUGUGGGUUGUGCGUAGUCCGCCACCCAAGCAAGAACACAGGAAUAACAAGAGGCUCGCAGCUCUAACGGACCCGGAUUUAGAUGCUCUACUUCCAGAAGGAUUCUUGGCUCGGACUAGAAACCGUGGUCUAGUAGUGAAAUCGUGGGCACCUCAAGAGGCUGUGUUGAAUCGGGAAUCGGUUGGCGGGUUCGUGACGCAGUGCGGGUGGAACUCGAUUUUGGAAGCAGUGUGUGCAGGGGUACCCAUGGUGGCGUGGCCUCUCUGCGCUGAGCAGCAUAUGAACAGGGCGGUGUUAGUGGAGGAUAUGAAGCUGGCGAUGCCGGUGGAGCAAGCGGAGGACGGUUUUGUGAGUUCAGUUGAGGUAGAGAUGCGAGUAAGAGCGUUGAUGGAAUCCGAAGAGGGAAGGGCUCUGCGAGAGCGGAGCCAGAUGAUGAGAGAGAACGCCAAGGCCGUGCAUGGCCAGGGAGGGUCGUCGCGGAUUGCCUUCUACAAAUUGACUGAAUCGUGGAGGAGAUGAUAUGGCUGCUGGCAACAACUCAAACGUGUCGGUGGGUGGGUCCUUUCUGCAAAGAAUUCCAAUCCAUUGGAUCGUGGAAGCUCCCCAAACUUCUUAUCAAUGAUCAGAUAAAAAUACGAUAAUGUAAGGGCGUGCAAGGUACUUAUGCAAGUAAAAAUACACUAAUCAUUUGAGUAUUAAACUAUAGCAAUGUAUUAUAUUUAGUGUGCAAUAAUACCAUUAUUUAAGUGGUAGAA